AUGAGAGAAACAGAGAUGCGAUUGCAACUGGAAAACUGGUGUCAUCUUGCCGACGACGAUGAACUCCUCUUAGAAAUUGUUGAUCGUAUCGAUUGCCAUUUAAACCUCUGCAAAUUCCGAGCAGUUUGCCGGAGUUGGCGUUCUCCUGCUCACGCUACAUCUCGUUUCUUAUUCUCUACUCUCCCUCUUCAAAUCCCAGUUCAUGAUCACCAUUUUAGAUCAUUACUGGGUUGUGAAAAUCGUCUUAAGUUCUUGGUUGGAAGUGUUGUUUAUCUGAUUCAACCUCUCAAUCAAAAAAACUUUGAUUCCCCGAAAUUCUGGGUUGUUUGUCUUGAAGAAUCGAAUCCGGGUUUGUUGAAGUUUCGUUACCCUCUUACUAAAAUACCCAUUGAAAAUCUUCCUAAGAAUUUCCCUAAAUCGUUGAAUUCGUUGCGUUUUCGGGUCUCGAUUGUUGGGAAGGGUUUUAAGUUUUGUUUUUCUAAUGGGAAUGAGGAUGUUUUUGAGAGUAGAUUUUUUUAUCAGGGGUUUGAGAAUUGGAGUGAUUUUCCUACCAAAACUAAAGUGCUUUUGUUUGAUGAAAAUGUAUUGGUGGAAAAGUAUGAUUAUUCAUUCGCUGUACUGAUUCUUAACCUUGGGGGAAUUUUGGGUGUUAUGAGACUAGGGGUGUGGCAUUACAUGAGAAAUAUUCAUGGUGUUUUCUUCGAUGACAUUGUUAAAUUUAAGGGGAAGGUUUGUGCUAUUGAUCGUAGGGGAGUAGUUUAUGUUAUCGAUGAUCGUGUAUCGAGGGUGAUGAAAGUUAUAACUCGGCCUGUUUGUGUUGGUGAUGCUAAUGGUAGGCGUAAGCUCUUGGCAGAAGCACAUGGGAAGUUGUACAUGAUUGUUCGAGAUCGUUUUAAGUUUCGGGUUUUUAAGCUGAAUGAAAGGCAACAAAAGUGGGAUGAGGUGAAUAGUUUGGAAGAUAGGAUUUUAAUUGUGACUUUUGAUGGUUGUUUUUUUGUUGAAGCAAAUGAUAAUCCAGGAUGUAGAGGGAAUUGCAUAUUUUUCCCUAAGAACUGUUUUCCUAAUUAUUCUAAUGGCUACCACCCUGAUGAUGAAUUGUUUAAAGGAGCUAGCAAGUACCUUGAAGUUGGUGUCUUCUAUCUGAAUGAGGAUCGUGCUCGGCUGGUUUCAUCCUACUCAGGUUUAUCUGAUAUGUUUUGGCCACCUCCAUCAUGGAUUUGGCCGAAUUCACGCUCUUUUACAUGGUACAGAAUUCAUAGCCUUCCAUUGAUUAAUGAUUGAUUCUAUUUCACUAUUUUAGU